AUGUUUUCCCUUAAGCUCAUCAUUGCCACGACAGUUGCAUUCUUUACACUUGCUCAAAGCCAGCAGUUCUUUAUCCAGAACUGGGGUAACGGCGAGAAGGCAACAAACUAUACGUACAAGAGUCUUGACGCCGGUCGCUUCACGGUUGACUGGAUUCUGGGAGGAGGGGGAAACUUUGUUGUCGGCAAAGGCUAUCGAGGAAGCCAAACACUCGUGGUAAACUACACGGCGAAUUAUAAUCCUCAGGGGAACUCUUACCUUGCCCUCUAUGGCUUCACGAGCAACCCACGCGUAGAGUUCUACGUCAUGGACGCAUUUGCAGAGCACAAUCCCUCUGACAAUGCAGGUCACUCAUUUUAUGGGUAUCACAAUAGCGAUGGGGCCCAGUAUGAGCUCUGGAGCAAAUACAAUGGUGAUCUUCGCCAGUAUUUUUCGGUCCGGAGGACAAAUCGUCGCGGUGGCACCAUCACCUUCAACAAUCACUACAAGGCCUGGAUUGCGGCUGGUUUGCCCAUGGGAAGUCUGGGCAACACUUAUAUGGUUGUUGAGGGGCAGCAAGGACGGGGAAACGCUGAUAUUACGGUCGGUGUUAGACCGACCGGCACAAUCAGAGAGACACCAACGCCGACUACGCGCUCUAUCGUCUGUGUAACUCCUACGCAGACUAUUGGCACGGUCUGCAGGCCGAGGGCGGCUAAGCGCACAGCGGCAGCAUAUGUUGCGUAG